UAGACAGUAGUGGAGCCAGUCAGGGAGUGGAGGGGCGGGACCCUGGUUGAGCCUGUGGGAGGGGCCGACAUACACCGGGAGCCCAAGGGUGGGCUGCUGGAUAUUGACCACGGUCCUCUUUUGUUAAACAGAGGGCCUCCGGAAGUGGAUGGUGCAGCACGGCGGGGAUGGUUGGGUGGUGGAGGAAAACCGGACAACCGUGCCUGGGGCCCCUUCGCAGACCUGCUUUGUGGCCUCCUUCAGGUGGUGUCGCAAGAAGCAGGUCUUGGACCUGGAGAAGGAGGGUCUGUGGCCAGAACUGCUGGACAGUGGCAAGAUUGAGAUCUGUGUCUCAGACUGGUGGGGAGCCCGACACGACAGUGGCUGUAAGUAUCGACUCUUUGUCAAACUUCUAGAUGCCACCCAGACUGUCCUAGAUAAAUUCUCUGCUGUGCCUGACCCCAUUGAACAGUGGAACAACGAUAUCUGCCUCCAGGUCACCCAUGUCUUCUCCAACAUCACUACGGGUGUCCGUUUUGUGUCUUUUGAACAUUUGGGCCAGGACACGCAGUUCUGGGCUGGCCACUAUGGAGCCCGUGUGACCAACUCCAGUGUGAUCGUGCGAGUCAGUCAGCCCUAGCCAAGGCACUUUUGUCGCAAGCCAGCCUGACUGUGCCUUCGAGGAGCUGGGACUGUUGGCUGGGACCCCUCACUAACCAAGUGUUUAUGCCUCACUGGCAUGCUGGGAACUUCAAUCUUCGAGUUUUGGAAACCACUGAAAGAAGGGGCUUCCAUUGGAUCCUCUGCUGCUGCUACUGCUGCUUUCUUUUUUGGGGGGAGAGUGUUCCACUUAGCGGAGACCCCCAGUGUGGAUGGGGCAUGCUGGUCCUGGAGAGGGCCCCGCUCACAACAGCAACCCUCGGGUUCCGCUGAAACCCCUCUGCCCUGACCCCUAGGUUGGCCUCUUGUCUCCUCCUCUUUGUGCUUCAGGGACUUUCCUGGUCCCUUCAGGGAAGCUUCUUCUACUCACCUUUAAACUUUGAUCUCAUCCUUAUAGCUGCCAAAUUCUAGCCACCCUGCAUAAUGAACUUCACCUCCUGGUCCUAACUUCAGGGCUAGGACCUUGUCUUGAAGCUGAAGAUAACUAGGUCAGAAAAGAGAAAAGAUGUGGAGUUGAAUCUGCCCACACAGACUGCUCUGAAAAAUGAGGCGCUGUCUCAGGCCCAGCCCUGAUCCACAAGAACCUUUGUAAUUGCACGAUAUUUAAAUGAUAUUUUUAAAUAUUUUAUUUUUCCUUUUGACAUUUUUUUCGGAGAAUAACCUAUCAAUAUCAUGUACCUAAUGAUCGUAUGCAAUAAAUUUCUUAUUUUGUC